CGUUUCUUUCCAUUCCCGGUUCUCUCGGACCUAACCCAAAUUCACUUUUCCGUUCAAUCCACUUGCCGUUUCACGAGGACUAUCCAAACCCUACCUCCGUGAAUCGGGUCCUGCGAUCGGAUUCUCAGCUCCUCCGGCAUAUUCUCGGCUUUGGUUUAUUUUGAUCUCAUGCGAUGGAAAUACCAAAGGAGGCUGCUAUCAAGAAACCAAAAAGGUUAACAUCUGUUGUGUGGAAUCACUUUGAAAGGGUUCGGAAGGCUGACAUCUGUUAUGCUGUAUGCGUUCAUUGCAACAAGAAACUGAGUGGAUCAAGCAACAGUGGGACCACACAUCUUCGCAAUCACUUGAUGAGAUGUUUGAAAAGAUCGAACUAUGAUGUGUCUCAACUCCUAUCAGCAAAGAGAAGGAAGAAGGAGGGAACUGUCGCCAUUGCAAGCAUCAGUUGUGAUGAAGGACAGAGAAAAGAAGAAUAUACGAAGCCCCUGUCUGUCAAGGUUGAUUCCGAACCAAAGCGUGAUGAGAUCAUUACCCUUGGAAGCAGUAGGUUUGACAAUGAUAGGAGUCGGCUUGACCUCGCUCGCAUGAUUAUAUUGCAUGGAUACCCUCUGUCCAUGGUGGACCACGUAGGAUUUAAAGUAUUUGUGAAGAACAUUCAACCGCUCUUUGACUUUAUGCCUACUGAUUCUGUGGAGCUUUCCUGCAUGGAAAUAUAUGGGAAGGAAAAACAGAAAAUAAACGAAACUUUUAGUAAACUGCAGGGGAGGAUUAAUGUUGCUGUCGAAAGGUGGUCAUCAGCAGAAAAUGCUGAAUACUUGUGUUUAGCCGCGCGGUACAUUGAUGGGGAUUGGAGAUUGCAGAAAAAGGUCCUGAAUUUUAUAACUCUCGACUCUUCUCAUACUGAGGACAUGCUUUCAGAAGUGAUUGUUGAUAGUCUGGUAGACUGGGACGUUCACUCUAAGUUGUUUGCUGUGACUUUUGAUGAUUGUUCAGCUGAAGAUGAUAUCAUCUUGAAAAUUAGAGAGCAUAUCUGUGAGAAAACAUCUCUUUUGGGCACCAGUCAAUUAUUUGAUGUGCGCUCUGUUACCCAUGUUCUCAGUGAUAUGGCUCAAGAUGCCAUUGUGGAGCUUCAUGAAGUGAUUCAGAAAAUCCGUGGAAGUAUUAGAUAUAUAAAGAGUUCACAAAAGGUUCAGGGGAAGUUCAAUGAGCUUGCUCAACAGGUUGGAGUUAACAGACUAAAGAACUUAGUUCUUGAUUGGCCAGAUCGAUGGAACUCAACCUAUCUAAUGCUUGAAGCUGCCUUGGAGUACAGAGGUGCAUUUUCUCUCUUGCAAGAGCAGGACCCUUUGUAUGCAUCAGUUUUGACCGAAAAUGACUGGGAUUUGGUCAAUACCAUUGCUGGGUAUCUGAAAAUACUGGUUGAGAUCAACAAUGUCCUUUCAAGCAACAAAAAUCCAACCGCGAACAUAUAUUUUCCCGAGAUAUGUCAUCUUCACAUUCAAUUGAUCGAAUGGUGCAAGAGCUCUGAUGAUUUUGCCUGUGCUGUUGCAUCGAAGAUGAAAACCAGAUUUGACAAGUAUUGGAGUAAAUGCAAUCUGGCUUUGGCAGUUGCAGUUAUCCUAGAUCCUCGGUUCAAGAUGAAGUUGGUGGAAUAUUACUACUCACAGAUUUAUGGUAGUACAGCUUUGGAUCAUGUCAAGGAAAUUUCUGAUGGGAUUAAAGAAUUGUACGAUGCUUACUCAAUCUGUUCCACAAUAAUAGACCAAGGUUCGGCUUUGCCGGGGGGCAGCCUGCCUGAUACUGCCAAUGAUUCUAGAGAUCGACUCAAGGGGUUUGACAAGUUCCUAACUGAGACAUCUCAGAUUCAGAGCGCAUCGUUGGACUUGGACAAGUACUUGGAGGAACCUGUCUUCCCUCGGAUCUGUGAUUUUAACAUCUUGAAUUGGUGGAAGGUUCACACUCCUCGGUACCCAAUACUGUCUGUGAUGGUACGAGAUGUUUUAGGAACUCCAAUGUCAAAUUCGUCACCAGAAUCAGCAUUCUGUACUGGAGGAAGGAUCCUCGAUCAAAACCAUAGUAUGCUUAACCAUGAUGUUCGGCAGGCUUUAAUUUGCACGAGAGAUUGGUUGCAGAUGGAAUCAGAAGGAUUGCGCACAAAUGAUGAACUCAACAUAGAUAUUGUUUUUUAGCAACAUUAGCAUGAAGCGUAUGUAGAUAUAUUUCGGUUUGUCUUUCUCAGUAAAUGUUAGGCACUCGCUCAUUUUGUUGAGAUGACAGUAAUGUGGAAGAACUCUCUCUCCUCCCCUCUCAUUUCCAUCAGUUUUGUUAAUGACGUAUAUGUGCAUUCAU